UAGCGGGCGCGAUGGCUUCAAGGUUACUUCGAGGAGCUGGAGCGCUGGUCGCACAGGCCCUGAGGGCUCGAGGUCCCAAUGGGGUAGCUGCGGUGCGCUCCCUGGCGUCUGGAGGUGGUACUCCUACAGAUGGCGAGCAGGCAACUGGGCUGGAGCGGGAGGUCAUGAUGGCUGCGCGGAAGGGACAGGACCCAUACAAUAUGCUAGCCCCAAAGGCAGCUUCAGGCACCAAGGAAGACCCUAAUUUAGUCCCCUCCAUCACCAACAAGCGAAUAGUGGGCUGCAUCUGUGAAGAGGACAACAGUGCUGUCAUCUGGUUCUGGCUGCACAAAGGCGAGACCCAGCGAUGCCCUAGCUGUGGAACCCAUUAUGAGAUGGUGCCCCGCCAGUUGGCCCACUGA